GUCUAAAAUAAUGUUUAUUAUUUAUCACAUUGAUUUAUCAUUAUUUAAAAUAAACUAUUUUAUUUUUAUCAAUCAUACGCUGGAUGAUGUGGGUCGAGGCUCAAAAAUGAAUCAGCAGGACCGUAGCUAAUGGAAUAAAACAAAAUUCUAAGACCGCUUGUGCGCAAAAUAAAAUAAUAUUUAACAACACUGAAAAAAGGUAUCAGAUAUAUUUCGUACUACAAUCAAACAAGCCACAAUGGAACAGCACCGCAAUAGUUUUAAACCAUCACAGUUUAUAUCAGCCAAUAAUCUAGACGCGCAAGCAAGAUUAAAUGCGCUCUUGGGAGCUGCAGGACUGGGUGAAUUGAAUAAACCGAUUGAUGGGAAGUAUUUAACAGACCACGAAGUAUUGAGGAGAUUAACGUCUCACGUCUCCAAUGCGCUAGACGAAGCCUCUGCUGAAUUGGAGAAGAUGAGAAGGGAAAAUCCACGUGAAUUUGAAGAAAAAAUGGUAACUGAAGAAAGUAGUGUCCACGAAACUACUGAAGAAUUAGCAACAAACUCCAACAUCGAAGAUAAAGACAUCAAAGGAGAUGGCAAGAUUGCACCGAGGGAUCCAGACCAUUAAUGGAAGCUGCUCGUGAAGAUCAUGGAGGAAUGGUGGCUUUACUCCUAAGCCAGGAAGCUAAUUAAAAAUUAUAUAUUUAUGUACACUGUCAAUUGGCGUAAAAUAGAUAUAUUAAUAAAUA